ACUUGGCAAAUCAAAGAGUAUCCUUUCUGUAGUUCCUCUCACCUCAAAGGGAAUGAUGGACUUAGACAGAAAAAUACCCGAGACGGUGAUGGAGGACUCCGCUUUGGCAUUUGACGACCAGAAGUUCGAAGCGCACGAAGAAGGGGCAGACGACGAAGAGGACGAGGAGCCCAAGCCUUGGGAUGAAGGUGGUCCCAGUGACUGCGGCUACCACGAGACGAUUCACGACGCAUUAAUGUCUGUUGGCGAAUCUGUCCACAGCAUCGUUGGAGAUCCAGACGAGAGCGUUAAAAAUAGUCUGGGCGCUGUUGGAAAUUGGUUCCAAGAGGCCUCAUACGCAGUUCGGGAUAUCAUCCGGGGAGAAAACUCCGAAGACAUGCAAGAAGAUGCGAGCCAAGCCAUAAGUACCAUCAUGAAUGGAGGAGAAGAUAAGAAAGAAGAGUCCGCUCCGUAAGGAAGCAAUCAAUUCGAUUUCUCUUGGCGCAGUUGUACUACCCUUCUGUUUCCUUUGCGUGCCGUGCCGAUAGGACUUCAAUAACUACUUUAUAUCACCCCGACACAUAAAAUGCAUUUCUCUCUC